ACAGCUGAUUGGAAUAGUUGGCAACGCUAUAAUGGAGGCUCUACUAAAAUACCGCUAUAGUUUUUUGGCUGGCGCUUGCGCUGCCGGCGGCAGCUUUUUUGGCAAAUUGCCCAGUUUUUUAAGCGCACUGCACUUGCUGCAACCAACAACCGGCUUUUCGUAUGCAGAAUUUGCACUAGUGCAAUUGCUUCCAAUUGGCCUAAUGCUCUUUUGUAAUGUGUGCAACCUGCGCUACUUCCUUAAGGCACUGCAAAUGAGCCAACAAACACUAACGGCAACCGUUUUAACAGCCGCCUCCAAUUACGUCUUAUCGUUUAUUUUAGGUGCACUCGUUUAUCAGGAGCCGCUGACGACAUUAUCCGGCAUAGGCAUGACUCUUAUAUUGGCCGGACUAUGGUUUUUAUGUGAUACGUCUGCGGACUCCACAAUUCAGAAGAGAUCUGAAAUUAAGAGCAAGCAAUCAUGAAAAUUCUUUCAAUGAUAUCAGCACCAUUCCAGUCAAGCGAUUUUCAUUCGAACUGAACGAAUUGCAAACUUAACGAAACAAAUUCAAAUUGGAAUUGGCUUCCAUUUGAAUUUAAAUAAAUGACAUCGGUUACUUAUA